UACAAUUUAUAAAUUACUUAAACGUAUUUUUUUUGGAGGCUAAAUUGUGAUUAGAACGGAAAUCAAGUUGACGCAUGUCAAAUCGAACGUUGUAACCAAGGAAAGAUAUUUUUUCAACACAAGGUGAUCUGCAACGUAAACAACACACAGAAAAAUGUCUGAAGUAGAAGAAACAUUGAAAAGAAUCCAGGGCCAUCGUGGGGUCAUAGGAACUAUCGUUGUAAAUAUGGAAGGUAUUCCCAUUAGAACAACCCUUGAUAACUCUACAACAGUACAGUAUGCUGGUCUGAUCACACAACUGACAUCCAAAGCCAGAAGUACAGUUCGUGACAUUGAUCCACAGAAUGACCUUACAUUCCUAAGGAUACGAUCGAAAAAACAUGAAAUUAUGGUUGCCCCUGAAAAGGAAUAUACAUUGAUCUGCAUACAAUCACCAUAUGACAAUUAGGCUGUGGAACUUACAUCUGGAACAAAACUUUGAAUAUUUCUUGUUUUAAUGUUAUAUAUAUAUGUACAAUUUGUCUAAUGUAUUUACGUUUUUCGACUUUGUGACCAAAAUUAAGCAUUAAUUUACUUCAUCAUUAAAGAUUAUUUAUUGGUCCGUAUGUGAAUUUUAUCAUUAUUGAAUACACAUAUAAAAAUAA